AUGGCCACUUCGUCCGACCAGCUCCCCGCCUUCGGUCAACGCCAUGUAACUAAAGGCGUCGGCCGCCUCACCGACCGGGUCAUGACCAAGGGCGAAGGCUCCUAUGUGCAAUUUGAAGAUGGACAUCGCAUGCUUGAUUUCAGCUGUGGUAUCGGCGUGACGAACCUUGGUCACUGUCAUCCCAAGGUCAGCCAAGCAGCCGCAGACCAGUGCAUGAAUCUGGUCCACAGUCAAUGCAGCAUCUCUUUCCACUCGACGUACCUUCGCUUGAUUGAGAAGCUCCUGCCCAUGAUGCCCGAUCCGUCUCUUGACUCGUUUUUCUUAUGGAACUCUGGCUCAGAGGCCGUUGAGGCGUCAAUUAAGAUGGCCCGGUUCAUCACUGGGAAACAGAACAUCAUUUCAAUGCAGGGCGCCUAUCACGGCCGUACAUAUGGAGCUAUGGCGGUUACCAAGAGCAAGACGGCAUACAGUGAAGGCUUCAUGCCGUUGAUGCCCGGUGUCUAUGGCACGGCAUUCCCAUAUUGGCACCAGCUCGGUGUGCCGAAAGACACGAGCGAGGAGGAGCUAGUUCGCCUCUCGCUUUAUCAGCUUGAACUUGUCCUUCAACAGCAAACCGCGCCCAAGGAUACCGCUGCCAUAAUUAUCGAGCCUGUCAUCGGGGAAGGUGGAUAUGUCCCUGCACCUCACGCGUUCCUUCGCGGCCUGCGGGAGAUCUGCGACAAGCAUGACAUACUCCUGAUCGUCGAUGAGGUUCAAAGCGGCUUUGGUCGGACCGGCAGGGUCUUCAACAUCGAGUACAGCGGUGUUCGCCCGGACAUGAUGCUCAUGGCCAAGGGUCUGGCCAACGGUUUCCCACUCAGCGCCGUUGUUAGCCGCAAAGAGCUUACUGACAUGCUCAAGCCUGGUUCUAUGGGUGGGACCUAUGCAGGGAAUGCGGUUUCCUGUGCCGCUGGUAUUGCUGUUGCUCAAGCUUUCAAGGAGGAGAACAUUCUAGCGAACGUCAAUGCUCGCUCUGAGGAACUUUUCUCGGCACUCAAUAAGCUGAGCGAGGACCCUGCCAUCAAGUCGACCAUUGUCGAUGUUCGUGGCCAGGGUCUGAUGGUUGGCGUUGAGUUCGCUUCGUCGUCGUACAACAAGUACGAUGUUGCUCUGCAGCCGUCUGCUCCAAAGGGCAUGGCUGCACGGGUUGCUAAGAAAUGCAUUGAGAAGGGCAUGUUGAUCCUGACCACGUCUGUAUAUGAAGUGGUGCGGUUCAUCCCGCCCCUCAACAUCUCGCAAGAGGACCUGAAGAAGGGCAUCGACAUCUUCGCUGAGUCGGUGAAGGAGGUCGUUGCUGAGGGUAACUGA